AUGUCCGAGGGAGUGGAUCUGAUCGACAUCUACGCCGACGAGGAGUUCAACCAGGACUCGGAGUUCAGUAAUGCUGAUCAGAUGGAUCUCUACGACGACGUCUUAGCAGCCAGCUCCCAGCCCAGUGAAAGCCGCACCAGCACCUCCGAGGCGCCUCCUGAGAUCCGCCAGGAGCCUUCUCCCAAGCCCAACUCCAAACCUCCUGCCAUCCUCUACACCUACAGCGGCCUGCGCAACAAGAGAGCUGCUGUCUACGUGGGCAGCUUCUCCUGGUGGACAACUGACCAGCAGCUGAUCCAGACCAUCCGCUCAGUUGGUGUCUACGAUGUUGUGGAGCUGAAAUUUGCAGAGAGCAGAGCCAAUGGCCAGUCAAAAGGGUACGCAGAGGUGGUGGUGGCCUCUGAAAACUCAGUCCACAAACUCCUGGAGCUGCUCCCUGGCAAAAUCCUUAAUGGGGACAAGGUGGAGGUGAGGCUGGCAACCCGGCAGAACCUGUCACAGUUCGAGGCUCAGGCUCGCAAACGUGUGCCCCCGAGGGCCCACUCCCGAGACUCGGUGGACUCCGUGGAUGGCCGUGCCACGCCGACAGAGAAUGCCCUGCCCCCCGCCCGCCUGGACAAACCCCCCUCAGUCCUGCCCUUCUUCAACCGCCCCCCUGCUGCCCUCCCCCUCAUGGGGCUGCCCCCCCCACCCAUGCCACCCCCCCCGCCCCUUUCCUCCGGCUUCGGUGUCCCCCCGCCCCCGCCUGGCAUCCACUACCAGCAUCUCAUGCCCCCACCGCCUCGACUGCCCCCUCACCUGGCUGUGCCCCCGCCGGGGGCUGUCCCACCAGCCCUGCACCUCAAUCCUGCCUUCUUCCCCCCACCCAACACGGCUCUGGGUCCUCCACCGGACACCUACGGCAAGGCCAUGGCCCCCUACAACCACAGCAGCCGGGAGCUUGGCCCUCCAGCCCCCCCAGUGAGCGAAGGGGAGUUUGAGGAGAUCAUGAACAGGAACAGGGCCAUCUCCAGCAGUGCCAUCUCCAAGGCGGUGUCCGGCGCCAGUGCAGGUGAUUACAGUGAUGCCAUCGAGACGCUGCUCACAGCCAUCGCUGUCAUCAAGCAGUCUCGCGUGGCCAGCGACGAGCGGUGCCGUGUCCUCCUCUCGUCCCUCAAAGACUGCCUGCAUGGCAUUGAGGCCAAGUCCUACAGCACCAGUGCCAGCAGCAGCUCCUCCAGGAAAAGACACCGCUCCCGGGAGCGCUCCCCCAGCCGGUCCCGCGAGAGCAGCCGGCGGCACCGGGAGCUGCUGCACGGCGAGGACCGGCACGAGGACUACUUCCAGGAGAGGAACCGGGAUCACGAGCGGCACCGGGACAGGGACAGAGAGAGGGACCGGCACCACUGAGACAGCAGCUCAGCACUGAGUGGUUUUUAAUGGACUGGUAUCUCCUCACCUCGACCAGAACUCCGUGACGGAGGCUGCUCCACUCUCCUCCCUCCCUUCACCUCCUCCCCCAGCACUCCCAGCUCUCUCCAGCAGGACUCCCACCCACACCUCGGUGGCCUUUGCCCACGCUCCUGCUGCUGCCCAGGGCCCCCCUCCGUGGACACUCGGACCCAAAGACAAAUGGUGCUUGGA